GCAUCCGCCGCGGCGGGACAGCUGGGCCCCGCGGCGCAGCAGCAGCUGCAGAUCUUCUGGAACGAGCAGUACCGCGAGAUCGAGGCCACCACCGACUUCAAGAACCACAACCUGCCCCUGGCGCGCAUCAAGAAGAUCAUGAAGGCCGACGAGGACGUCCGCAUGAUCGCCGCCGAGGCGCCCGUCGUCUUCGCCCGCGCCUGCGAGAUGUUCAUCCUCGAGCUCACCCACCGCGGCUGGGCGCACGCCGAGGAGAACAAGCGCCGCACGCUGCAGAAGUCCGACAUCGCCGCCGCCGUCGCGCGCACCGAGGUCUUCGACUUCCUCGUCGACAUCGUGCCGAGGGACGAGGCCAAGGACGCCGAGGCCGCCGCGGCUGCCGGCAUGGGGGCGGGGAUCCCGCACCCCGCCGCCGGCAUGCCCGCCACCGACCCCAUGGGCUACUACUACGUCCAGCCGCAGUAAAACCAUUGCCCAUCCCGUAUCUUUUACUAGUAGCUUCGAUCGAGCCUUGCGAGUUUUAGUAAAUUAUUGAGAGUGCGCUGAGCUCUGCUGUUUCCCUUGUUCUGUUGUUUGCCGCCUAAUAACUCUAAGAUGGCGUGAUGAUCAUCUGAUGUGCCCCCUCUUGAGUACAAGUAGUGAUAUUCGAUUCAGAUUUGGGAGAGGGAACUGGUUGUAGUUGGGAGAGGGAGGCUGUAUGAUGGUGAUGAUUCAUGCGUGACAGAUACUCCUUCCAUAUUUAUUAAUCGUGUGCUACUCCCUGAUUAUUGUGAUGCUUCAUCUUGUCCAUCUCAGACUGCCAUGAAAUGUUUGUAUUACUAUAAAUUCCUGAAGCUAUAGUUGUGUUAUGUCA